AUGGCGAGCGCAUCAAGUUCCGACGACCGACCCCGCUCAGCGAGGCGUUCCUUGCGGCCUCUGACCGAGGAUGAAAUUAACAAGAAUUUGUUCCCGGAUGGUGAUGAGUCUGAUAUUAACGACUCAGACUUUGAUCAUGACUACACACAGCCCUCAGAGGUGGAUAUGACCGAUGACGAGUGUGAAUAUGCUGGCUCCACCAGGGCUAGACCUAGCAUCUCGCCCUCACUCGACCCCGAUUUGUGUCUUCACUUUGCAAAUGAUGAAGACUGGAAUAAUGAUGAUAGACUUUGGAAGGCUCUCCUUGCAAAGCAUGCCAAUGUGGAUGGUAGAGACAUUGUGGGGGGCUGUACCCCCUUGAUGAAAGGGGCCGCUGCAGGACAUGUAGAAAUAGUCAAGCUGUUGAUUGCCUACAAUGCUGAUGUCAAUGCACAAUCAUCAUUUAGCUCUACACCUCUCAUGUAUGCCUGUGAAGGUGGCCACAUUGAUGUAGUACAGGUUUUACUCCAUCGUGGUGCAAAUGUUGAAGACCAUGAUGAGAAGGGCCACACCCCACUGAUGCUUGCUGCUUUAAAGGGUCACGUGGAGAUUGCCAAGAUACUAUUAGAAAAAGGUGCAGGAAUCAACACCCACAGCAGUGAAUUUAAAGAAUCUGCAUUGAUUUUAGCAUGCAACAAGGGCCACUCAGAGAUGGUUAAAUUUUUGCUUGAUGCUGGAGCUGAUCAAGAGCACAAGACUAAUGAAAUGCACACUGCCCUGAUGAAGGCCAGCAUGCAUGGCCUUGUGGAGGUUGCACGCCUUCUUCUUGACUCUGGUGCGCAGGUGAACAAGCCUGCCGGCAGCUUUGAAUCACCCCUGACCCUGAGUGCUUGUGGUGGCCACACUGACCUUGCACUCCUACUUUUAGAAAGAGGAGCAAAUAUUGAGGAGGUAAAUGAUGAUGGAUAUACCCCUCUCAUGGAGGCUGCAGGGGAAGGACAUGAGGAGAUGGUCACAUUGCUGUUGGCUCAUGGUGCAGACAUUAAUGCACAAACGGAAGAGUUCCAAGAGACUGCAUUGACAUUAGCAUGUGUUGAAUGCUUUAAAGAUGUUGCUGAUCUUCUUAUCAAGGCUGGAGCAGACUUGGAACUUGGGGCCUUUACGCCACUAAUGGAGGCAGCACAAGAGGGCCACCGAGACCUGGUUGAGUAUCUGAUUGAAGCUGGUGCUAAUGUCAAUGCCCAGACAUGAGCAGGAGAGACUUCACUAACUUACGCUUGUGAGAAUGGGCACAUUGAUGUUGCUGACCUGUUACAGGCCGGGGCUAAUACGAACAAUUGCUCCAUGGUGCUGGAGGCCUGUCGUGGUGACACGAAGGUGGAGCGGCUCCUUGUUGAGUUUCCCACCUCCAUUUCCCAUCUUCCUUUUGUUGUCCCGCCUGACCCCAGUGUGAUGGUUGUCAGCACAGGAGAGGCCAGAGUGUUGUCUAGUGUGCCCUGGCUGGAGGGAAAGCCUCCACACUUCACCGUGGAUCUUGCUGUGAUUCCAGGCGUAUCUCCUCGGACUCUUUUCAUCGUCAAUGAAAAUCAACCCAUAUAUGAUUAUAUCGUUCGACAACUAGAUGGUUUACCUGGAGGAUCUACUACCGUCUCUAGUACUCAAGCCUCUGUUACUAGUAGCAAGACCAAUUGUAAGACUUCCACCAUGGCCCCUGACCUUACUCCUGCCAUUGGGAACAAGACUUCCACCAUGGCCCCUGACCUUACUCCUGCCACUGGGGACAAGGCUUCCACCAGUGAGGCUCAAACUGUGGGUGGUGAGCAGCUUGGGGUUGGUGGAGUACCAGUGUCAGCCGGAGCUCCAUACAUGGGUGGUGAUGAAACUGUUCCAUACAAUGGGUCAGCGGGUAUUGGACCCGCUGGAGUAUGCCCGUAUCCUGCUGGAAAACCCUUCCAUCUGGUUAAUGUUGAUAUCGGGGCAUAUUCCAACCAUGACACACCCCUGACUUUGGCUUGUGCAGGUGGCCACGACAAAUUGGUGCAGCUUCUACUGGCUCGAGGCGCCGAUAUAGAGCACAGAGACAAGAAGGGAUUCACCCCCUUGAUUGUAGCUGCUUUUGCUGGACGUGCCAAGGUAGUAGAAACUUUACUCACUGCAGGUGCGAAUAUUGAGGCUCGGACUAACUACUUCCAGGAGACUCCUCUCUGCAUUGCAUGCUCAGGAGGCAAAUACAAGGUGGUAGAAAUUCUUCUCCAGCGAGGUGCCAAUAAGGACCAUAGAAGUGCAAUGGACUACACUCCUCUUGCUCUGGCUGCAGCUAAGGGCUCUCUUGGCAUCAUUAAACUGCUGCUUAACAAUGGCGCACAGGUCGACUCACGCACAGGAUCCUUGCAUGGUAUCUCCCCACUCAUGCUUGCUGCCAUGUAUGGUCGUGUGGCAGUGGUGAAACUACUAUUAGACAUGGGCUCAGACAUCAAUGCUCAAAUAAAGUACAAUUGGAACACUGCCCUUACCUUAGCUUGUUUCCGAGGUCGGUACAAAGUUGUAUCACUUCUCCUUGACCACAAAGCUAAUGUUGAACACCGUUCCAAGGCUGGAGUAACACCUCUGAUGGAGGCUGCAUAUGGUGGCUUCGUUGAGGUAGGGCGUGUCCUGCUUGACAAUGGGGCAGAUGUCAAUGCUCCACCUGUACCAUCUUCUCUAGACACUGCCCUCACCAUCGCAGCAGAGAAAGGCCGUUAUAAAUUUGUGGAACUUCUUAUACAACGAGGUGCUCAAUUAGAUGUGAAGAACAAGAAAGGCAAUUCACCCCUAUCGUUGGCUGCUAAAGGUGGGCACUUAGAGGUUGUGCAACUACUACAUAAUGCCACUGCAGUUGUCGAUUCAGAGGACUACAGACUGCAAGUGGGGUGUAUGGAGAAGCAGGCUAGUCUGUGACGAGGCCGCCAUCUGAUCUGUGAAGCAGGGUGGAUGCCAGCUGACUCCAUCUACUGAUGGCAUAUAUAUUUACAGUGUACUGUAUAAGUGAUUACAAUUAAAUUCACAGCAGUCAGUUACUUGAACUUGGGAAACCAUAAUUUGUGAAACCAGACAAAAAUAAUUUAAUUGGACAAAAUGAAUUAACAUAAUAUUUGGAAAAGGAAAAAUAUUAUGAAACAGAAUGACUGUGGGUAAAACUGACUCAUGGAUUUCAUUUAUUUAUUUACAGUUUUUAUUAAGUAAUUUAUAUUAAUGAAUUCUAAUUUAUGAUUUAUAUUUAAUUUUACAUUAAUUUCUUAUAUUAAUUUGUUUCAAUAAUGGACUGUACGAUGAUUAAAGACGACUGUAUGAGUUUAUUCCCACAAGUUGUUUCCUACACAAGCUGGGAGGUUUUAUUAAUGUAAUAGUCUAUCAGUCAGAAUUAUUGACUGGUAGUCAUUCACUACAAUGUUACUAGGUGUUAAGAUUACAUAUGUUAGUAAAUAAUGGGUAAGCCUUAUUUGAUAAGAAGGCUUCAUUCAGCAUUAAUGGUGUAGAGUAAGUGGGUAGCCAGCCAGUCACAUGGUCUCCUGUCUUUCAGUAAUUCCACAUUAAUAACUUCACUUAUCAGUUCACCUGCCAACGAGAUUGCAUAGUAAUAUUUGUUGCACAUAAAUUAUUAUGUUAACAUGUUUAUUAUAAUAUUCUAAAA